GCAGAUCUCAUAGUAAUGCUAGUCAGUCAUCCAGAUAAGCAAACGUUUUGGGCGGUCGACUUUAUAGCUUGGCUAGGUAGCUAGAUGUUGCAGAGCUCGCUGAUACAAAGCUACAUUUUAGUCGUAGGACGAAGUUUUAGUUCAGGGUCCGCUUAAACAGUCCGUAAUUUGGACCAGUUUGACAAGCCUGACACUGCACUGGAAGCAUUUGUUUUGACUUCACUCUCUCUACACCGCGGUCUUACGAAGGCUUUACUUUAACGUUAUAAAGAAGAGAAACAUGAGCUUUCUAUUUGGCAAUCGGUCGUCCAAGACCUUCAAGCCCAAGAAGAACAUCCCGGAGGGAUCUCAUCAGUAUGAGCUGCUGAAACAUGCCGAGGCGACACUGGGCAGUGGGAACUUGCGCAUGGCUGUCAUGCUACCCGAUGGGGAAGACUUAAACGAGUGGGUGGCAGUUAACACUGUAGAUUUCUUCAACCAGAUCAACAUGCUUUAUGGCACCAUAACAGACUUCUGCACUGAAGAGAGCUGUCCUGUCAUGUCUGCUGGGCCUAAAUAUGAGUAUCAUUGGGCAGAUGGAACCAACAUCAAGAAACCGAUCAAAUGCUCAGCUCCCAAGUACAUUGAUUACCUAAUGACCUGGGUGCAGGACCAGCUCGAUGAUGAGACACUCUUUCCAUCUAAGAUAGGUGUCCCGUUCAGACGGAACUUUAUGUCUGUGGCCAAGACAAUCCUGAAACGCCUGUUCAGGGUCUACGCCCACAUCUACCACCAACACUUUGACUCUGUAAUGCAGCUGCAGGAGGAGGCCCACCUCAACACCUCCUUCAAACACUUCAUCUUCUUUGUUCAGGAGUUUAACUUGAUUGACAGGAAAGAGCUGGUGCCACUCCAGGAGCUGAUUGAUAAACUGACCACCAAGGACAGAUAAACCCAGACUGACUUAUCCUUUUAACUCUAUGGUAGUCUACUAUUAUUUUUGCACAGAUGUCCCUUCUACCCUGCCCUGCACUGGCUAUGUGUAUACAGCAUACGCUAACUUUGGGGAAAUGUUCUCAAGAAAGCCAGGUAAGUAAGGAAAAGUCUUACACUGUCAUAGGCAAAGGGGUUAGACUAUGAGGGAGUACUAUACUACUGUCUGAGCUGGGGUUAGACUAUGAGGGAGUACUAGACUACUGUCUGAGCUGGUAUGUGCUCAUUAUGGUUGCAUUAAUUUGGACCGAUCCCCAAAACUGAAAUCACUGGUAUUUAUUAGCUUCCUCUAUUUGGUGUAUAUUUAUCAGAUGCUUCUACAAAACCUACCACUAUAGUUGGCACCUUCAUAGAUAGAGGCUAUGUCAGAAAUAAAGGACUACAUAAUUAUUGUACAAAUAUUUUAGCAUAUUGGUCACAUUGGUGAUAACUGCAACAAAACUCCUUACGUUAGGUUGAAGAAAUGACCCCAUUGCCUAGUCUUGAUAUAAUAAGAUGACUGGAUUAAAUGGCUUGUGGGCUAACCAAAACCCCAAUAGAGUUCACAUAACUCGCCAAACAAGAGUUGAUAUAUAAUCCAUCAAACAUCCAUUGAUAAACUGUAAACAGAGUUGGUAUAAUCCAUCAAACAGUGUUGAUAUUUUGAAGUGCCUGAUUUAUGGUUCAUGCUUAGCCUCGUACUACCAUCCUCAUCUUGUGAGCCUACAUAAAUAUGUCAGUGAAGGCAAACAUAUUUAUGUAAGCUUGCGAGUUCAGGAUGGUAGUACGAGGCUAGUUCACACUCACUCUCCCACAGAACAACAAAGGAAGUGCACAACAUUCUGGUGGCUACAAAGGGAACAUUUGCCCUUACUGGCUUUCUCUGAGAUUCCCAUUGUAGUGUUACUUUAUGUUGCUAUAAAAGAGAAUCUUUAAUAUGAAUGGAGACAUUUAAAUCUGAGGUUUGGGUCCAUGUUUUAAUUUGCCUCAACAUAUGGUCAUUUUUUGUUGUUUGUUUUCAAGUCAGGUCUAGAUACGACUACAGUAGUUUAAACUGUUACAAUACCAGUAAUGGCAAAAGCUGUAUUUGAUGGGCCACAUACAGUAUACAAGUAAAAUCUUUUCUUUGAGGCCAAGAGCACUGUAGUUAUAGCCAUGUCCCAGAUCUGUUUCUGCUCUUGCCUUCUCCAUUGCUGUCAUUGUCAAGUCAAACCGGUUCGGCAUGACAAUCAGUGACCGAGAGUUGGCAUGAUAGCACAAACAGACUGGUACUCAGGCUACCAUAGUUACUGUACUUUUAUAAACAAAGAUGGGGUGUUCCCUUGCCCUUUGUCUUACCAGCCAUGAAGCACUUUGAACAGUUUCCUGACCUCUUUGCCUGAAUGUUUUUCCUUUACGGCAAGCAAAUAUGCUGUCUCUUCUCUUUUAGAAACUACUGAACUACGUCAUUUAGGCUCUGUUGCAUUAUCUUCCCAUAUAAUGUUACUAAAGUGAUGAGCCACGUAGUAAACUAUAACAGCACAUUCAGUACUAUCAGCGUAUGCUUCUUUCAAUAGUGUGAUUUCCUAUGCCUUUUGUAAGUUCUGUUGAGUAAUGUAUUGCUGUGCUGCAGAGGGAUGGAAUCCAAAAUGAAAAUGUUUACUAUGCAAUAAUGGUCAUGCCACUCUUCAAAAUAUAAACAAUUUACUAUUUCCAUUCAUACAGAUGGGAGGAGCAAAUGCUUUUCUUUCUGUGUGUGUUAUUCAGAGGUAGUGGUGAUUUAAAGUGAUAGAUAUUGGUACUGAGACACGUUGCUGUUAUAGGACUUAACUAUAGACCUACUACUAUAGUAUGCAGUAAGACAUGAGUACAAUGGAAUAUAUUUAAAUGCCAUUUUAUACUAUCUUUUCAGGAAGAUUUGAUAUGGAGAUGCAACUAACUUCUGCUAUGAAAUCCAUACUGUAAAUACAACAAUGACAAGAUUUUGCUUUAUCAUAUUUUGGUAGCUGGAAAGUCUAUAUUAAAGAAUGUUAUUAGGUCUCUUUUUAGAGGUUGUUUCUUUUCCCCCUUUUCCACCAUGUCAUAUUUCCUUCUUACUUAUAUCAAUGUGUUAUUUUGACAUAGCUUUAGAAAAUUAACAUGAUUGUGUUGAUCAGAAGGUGGUAAAGUAACAAAGCCAUCUGCCAUGCUUCUCUGAGAACCAGAAAAUGCUUGUUCAUCACAUGCAAAAUUUGAUCCCCUGUCUGUAUAUUCCCCUUGCUGUAAGAGUAUAUUCUGAUGACUGAGUUGUAAAUAUGAAUUGGCUAAGGGUGAUGAAAGUUACUGAACUGUACAAUACUGAAUGCUGUUUAGGAUGGAAAUAAAGGUGUUCUUUGAUCAGA